CCUUGCGCGCCUUUUUGGGUUCCUGCGCUCGCGCCGUAUGGCCGCCAACACCGGGCAAGGCCUGCGAACGCUCGUCCUGUUCGCUAGCUAGUACUCGCCGCGAAUCUCCAGCGAGCUCUCUCCCGGAAUACCGAUGGCCCACGUGCGUCUGCCUCUGGACCAUAUCGAGACGAUCAUGAGAGACACGGCCCAGUUUCAGUCGACGAUCGAUCGCGUCAGCAUCCUAGCGAUCUUCAAGACGGCAAAGGAUCAAGCCGGCGAGGACAUGGUAGUCCCUGGCGACGCAGAUCACACUAUCCAAGUGGUCUUGGCGGCUUUCGACACGCCCUUUGUCAUCACCGAUCACGAGGCCAUGCCUCUGCGUCUCAGGAAGCCACUGGUUCUCUCUCGAUCUUCGACGAAAGUCCAGAAUCUGGCCACGGCUGGCUGUCCUCAACGGAUAAAGUCGAUUGGGUUCGAAUUCAGGCGCACGACGUCUAUGUGUAUGCAAUGCCUUGCGGAUUGGUAUUCCAGCUGGCCAUUCACUGCCAGGGAUCUGAAAAUGGGUCUUUACAAUAUGGACCACCACUGCCGCAAGUAUCAAGCUGACUUCAUGGCAGGGGAUGGACUGGGCAGGUUCUACGAGGAAGCUUUGCUCGAGACCUGUCCUUCAUGA